UCAUUGGAUGCAUAGGGAUGCCGUUUGACCUCGAAAAGCCCGGUCUAGUAUUGGUGACAAUAUUUGGAACAUAUCAUCUCAGUGUAUCGGUUUAUGCCUGUGGAAGUCAGUUUAUCUCGCGCAUUCUAGGACUUACUAUUCAACACCACAAUGCCAAGUUACAAGUUGACCUACUUUAACGUGCGGGGUCGGGCAGAGCUGGCCCGCUACUUGUUCGCGGCGGCCGGACAGGACUAUGAUGACAAUCGGAUACAGAGAGACACUUGGCCCGCGCUGAAACCUAACACGAAGUUUGGUCAGCUCCCUCUACUGGAAGUUGAUGGGAAACCGCUGGCCCAGAGUUACGCCAUUGCGAGGUUUCUGGCUAGAGAACUAGGUCUGUCCGGGAAGGGAAGUUGGGAGGCGGCUCUUUGUGACGAGGUGCUGGAGUUGACGGGAGACCUUCUUAAAGAGAUAAUCAAGUACAGAUUCGAAACUGACGAGACAAAAAAGCAAGAACUGCAGAAAAAUCUAAGUGACGUCGUUUUCCCAAGGUUUCUUGGCUUCUUUGAGAAAACACUAGAGGAGAAUGGAGCUUACCUUGUUGGAAACGGGCUGACCGUGGCUGACCUGGCAGUAUUGGCUAUCUUGGACACGCCCCUGCGUUCCAUGCCCGGUCUUCUGGACAACACUCCGAAACUCAAGGCACAUCGCGGUUUGAUCGCAGCCCUGCCUAAGAUCAAGGAAUACAUCGGCAAACGACCGGACACUGACAUAUAACAAAUCUCUUCAAAACGUGAUAGACAACUGAAAAACUGUUAUGUUUUUGUAACUCGCACUUUGCAUGCUAAAUUAAUAUUGAACUUGAUCAAUUAAAUUUAUCGUAGGAUAUACAGCGUUUACAAUCAGUAGUCUAAACAUGAGGUGUAUUAUUGUGGAAAUAAAGACUCAAAGUCGGUUCACUAAUUCAUACUAAUGAGGCAUAUUGACCAUUCAUUAACGUAGGCGAAGUAACAUAUGUUGUGUAGAUUUUGAGCAAUUCUCCAAUAAGCAUGUAAUGACCGUAUACUUGGAUCUUCCGUGUGUGUUGAACCAUCGUCUAUAAAUAGAACAAAAUUAAAUUAUGAAAAAGUG